CCCAUGCGUGUGCUUGUAGCUGGUGUUCUGAAUCGCAAAAAUCCCUCUCCAAAUUUGCUCUGCAAUUACAUAUUUUUUGACAAAAAAUGUCUGCACUUUGUCGGAGAAUCCCGUCCUUAGUUAAUCAGCUCAGGAUCCCCACGUUUGCUGCUCUAAAACAGCAGAAAGUCAUCCUUAGCAGCCUUCCUACUAGAGUACUCUGCGUGACCUUGUUUUCAACGAAGCCACCUCCUUCCAUCAAUGACAAACUCAUGGAAUUCUUUGAUGACCCCAAAAACUGGGAAAAGGAUAAUAUCAAAACUGGCAGAUCAUGGAAACUUGAUGAGCUAAGAAUCAAGAGCAAUGAAGAUUUGCAUAAGCUGUGGUAUGUUUUGCUGAAGGAGCGAAACAUGCUUUUAACAAUGGAGAGGGAGUGUCAAACGGAAUACCGCGUCUUUCCAAAUCCAGAGAGAAUAGACAAAGUCGAGGAAAGCAUGGAGAAUCUGGAAACAGUUGUCAGAGAAAGAAACAGAGCCUACUUUGAGCUUGAGACAACAGAACCUGCUGAACGACCCGGCAAGCUAGAGAUGAAUCAGAUUGGUAUGAGAUACUUCUACAAGCACUCAGAACACCUGAUUCCCAAAGUAAUGAAUCGGAAGUGGAGAGAAAAGGUUGUUCACGGCUACGAAGGCAAUGCAGUUAAAAAAUUCCUCCGCCUCAAGGCUGAGAAACUGAGAGACAGGGAAAUUUGGAAGACACAUUCCCGAAGAAGGUAUGUUUCACGGAUCUUCAGUGAAUAUCCUGACGCGGAUGUCAAGUCUCUUCAAGAGGCUUUCCCUGAUGUCGAUGUUGAAGCAGCUAGAAAACACAUAGACGCCAGAGGAAACCAUGAUAAAAAUCUUGAUUAGUUGACAAGAGAAGUUCUAAAUAAUAAAAAGCCAACAAAAGUGUUAACUUAAAGUUACAAUGUUA